AGUAAGAAUAGGGGCAGGGGCAUAUUAUAAAAUUGACAUCACAUUUUUAGCUGAAGCAUGUGCAGGUUUCAGACGGGAUCUGCUUUAAAAUACUACACACAUGCGCAACACCAAUAGAAAACCACCCACCUGUCUGAUGCUGUCCUGGGCAACCGCCCCUAUGGUUCACAUCAAACGUCACCUGAAUGCAACACACGAGCUUUACGACCGUUAAAUACGAUCAGGUUAGGAAAAGUGAAAUCAUCGUUAGUUAAAUUGUGCUGUUUUAUCUUUCAGUCCCCGAAUAGGUGUUAAAAAAAUAUCUGCCUUUAUAUUUAAUUAUAAAACAGUAAAACAUCGGUAAUCCUGGUUUAUCGGAUGAAGGUCAGGCUUGAUGAUGAUGAUGAUGAUGAUGAUGUUUCUUCCCAGGUCAUUAACCAACCUGUUGAUGCUGACAGAUGUCAGCAGAGACGCAGCGUCUUUAGACGAGCUGCACCCCGCACAGAGCCCCCAUCUGCGGGGUGGAGGAACCAGAAACGAUCGGCUCCCGCCCGCUGCUCCGCGGAGGUGCAGAAAUCAUUUCGCUCUCCCCCUUUUUCCUCCUCCUCCUCCUCCUCCUCCUGCCGCCGCUCUCUCUCCCUCUCAGUUCCCAGAGCCGCCGAUCGACACUUGCAGCCAUUUUACGCAGGAUGAACCCAAUCAUGCGCUGAGGAGGGAAGCGGGGGGAGGAAGGCUGUGCGGAUCACCUGGACGGAUACAGGAGCCGCAGCCGCAGCGGGAGCGCCAGCCGCGGCUCCCGGUCAGCCAGCAGCACCGGUCCGGGGACAACAUGGUGAAGAGGAAGAGCCUGGACGAAAACGAGCCGGAAUGCGGGAAGGGAGUCCCGUUCCCCAUCCAGACCUUCCUCUGGAGGCAGACCAGCGCUUUCCUGCGGCCGAAGUUGGGGAAACAGUAUGAAGCGUCCUGCGUGUCCUUUGAGCGGGUCCUGGUGGAGAACAAGCUGCACGGCCUGUCUCCGGCCCUGUCCGAGGCCAUCCAGAGCAUCUCCCGCUGGGAGCUGGUCCAGGCUGCGCUGCCCCACGUCCUGCACUGCACCUCCAUCCUGCUGUCCAACAGGAACAAGCUGGGUGAGGCUCCACGGGAACAAAGAGGCUCUGGCCACCAGGACAAGCUGGGAGUGGCGGAGACCAAGCUGCUGCACACGCUGCACUGGAUGCUGCUGGACGCCGCGCAGGAGUGCAACCAGGAGGCGUUGGGCAACCAGGGCUGGUCCCGGGGUGGCAGCAGCAGCGCCUUCCUCCAGCCGCUGGGGAACCAGGGCUCCUCCCCGGGGGCCCCCGGCUCGGGCUCCGGCUCUGGGCCGCAGCACGGCAGCUCCCUGCUGGAGGACGACGAGAGCGCGCGGGCAAAGCUGUUCCACAAGAGCAUGGCCACCGUGGAGCUGUUCGUGUUCCUGUUCGCGCCGCUCAUCCACCGCAUCAAGGAGUCGGACCUGACCUUCAGGCUGGCCAGUGGCCUGGUGAUCUGGCAGCCCAUGUGGGAGCACCGGCAGCCCGACAUUCCGGCCUUCACCACCCUGAUCAAACCGGUCCGGAACAUCGUGACGGCUAAGAGGAACUCCCCAGUCAAUAACCAGUGCAGCCCCCAGGGGUCCGCCAACCAGAGUCCCCUGGGCUUCCAGGUGGUCUGUGAAGCCAGCCUAUCAGAUUCCUCCUCCCCUGCAGCAGGUGAGCAGAGCUGUCGCCGUGCCAACUCGGUGGAGAAGGGAGGGACAUCCCAGCAGCCCCCGACGGCCAAGGGGCCCUCCAAGAAAAAGACGUCAGCUCCAGCCGGUCUGCCGGCAUCUCUGGCGCACCGCGCCCGCUACGCCACCUACUUUGACGUGGCGGUGCUGCGCUGCCUGCUGCAGCCCCACUGGACAGAGGAGGGCGUGCACUGGGCCCUGAUGUACUACCUGCAGCGCCUGAGGCAGAUCAUGGAGGAGAGACCGGAGCGCAACCCGGAACCCCUGGUGACCCCGCUGCCCCGCCCUCGCAGCAGCUCCAUGGUGGCUGCCACGCCCUCCCUGGUCAACACCCACAAGACCCAGGAUAUGAGUCUGAAGUGCAAUGAAGAGGGCAAAUCUCUGAGCACUGAGACCUUUGCCAAGGUUUCGCUCACCAACCUGCGCCGACAGGCCGUCCCAGACCUGUCCUCUGACCUGGGCAUGAACAUCUUCAAGAAGUUCAAGAACCGGCGGGAGGACCGGGAGAGGAAGGGCUCCAUUCCCUUCCAUCACGCCGGGAAGAAGCGGCAGCGGCGCAUGGGCGUCCCCUUCCUGCUGCACGACGACCACCUGGACGUCUCGCCCACACGCAGCACCUUCUCCUUCGGAAGCUUCUCGGGCCUGGCCGACGAGCGGAGGGCUCUGGACCGCGGCGGCUGGCAGGCCACCAUCAUGGGUAAAUUCACACGCAGAGGCAGCACGGACACAGCUGCCGACGCCGACAGCCUGAGCGCCAAGCACUCCCACUCCCACCACUCCCUGCUCAGAGACAUGCCCGACCACUCCAACAGCCACAGCGACAACACGGUGAAGGAAGUGCGAUCUCAGAUCUCCACCAUCACCAUGGCGGCGUUCAACACCACGGUGGCCUCCUUCAACGUGGGCUACGCCGACUUCUUCACCGAGCACAUGAAGAAGCUGUGCAACCCAUCCGCUGCGCCCGAAAUCCCCGUGGAGCCGCUGGCCUGCACCAACCUGCCCCGCAGCCUCACCGACUCCUGCAUCAACUACUCCUGCCUGGAGGAGGGCGAGAACAUCGAGGGCACCAACAACUUUGUACUGAAGAACGGCAUGCUGGACCUAACGGCCGUGCUGCGGGCGCUCUAUGCCGUCCUCGCCCACGACAUCAGCUCCAGGAUCUGCGACGUGGCGCUCAACAUCAUCGACUGCCUGCUGCAGCUGGGCGUCGUCCCCGGCAUGGGGAAGAAGCUGUCCAAGCAGGACAACAAGGAGAACCAGGAAGCCCGGGCCAAAGACCCGGCCGGCCAGAGCCUGGCAGGUGGCGCCCAGGGCGGCGGCCCGCUUCCAGGAGCCGGCGGGGGUGGAGACGGAGGUGGAGGAGGGGGGAGCGGCGGAGGCAGCGGGCAGGGGAGCAAGGAUGACGUCAAGAAUAACAAAGAGAACGACAAAAAGGAGGAAGAGGGUUCUGGUUUCAGCACCCACCGCCUGGCUCUCGCCAUGCUGAUCAAGAUAGUUAAGUCUCUGGGCUGCGCUUACGGCUGUGGGGAGGGCCACCGAGGACUGUCAGGAGACCGCCUCAGGAUGCAGGCCCAGAAUUGUCUGACUAAUCUGUAUAAGCUGGACAAAGUGCAGUUUCGCCAAACAAUGCGCGAGUAUGUCAACAAAGACUCCCUCAAUAACAUUGUGGACUUCCUGCACGCACUGCUGGGCUUCUGCAUGGAGCCCAUUACAGACAAGUACGGCAGUGCAGGUGAGAGGUCCAGGAGGGCGAAAAAAAGAAACAUCGCUGGUCAGUAUUGUCCCCCUCCCACUUCCAUCCCGCCGACUGAACCGGCUCCUGUAUCAUCCCCGGUCUCUCCUGCCUUCCUGCUGCUUCCAGACAAGGCGGGCUUCGGCAACAACUUCGCCACGGGGGACAACAAGUCGCUGGCGCAGAACAUGGAGGCAGUGGUGGUGGGCUGCAUGUUCAAGUCCCUCAUCACCCGCUGUGCCUCGACUACACACGAGCUGCACAGCCCAGAAAACCUGGGACUGUACUGCGACAUCCGCCAGCUGGUCCAGUUUAUAAAAGAGGCCCAUGGAAACGUGUUCCGCAGGGUGGCGCUGAGCGCGCUCCUGGACAGCGCCGAGAAGGUGACUGCCACCAAGAAACCCGACGAGAAGGACGACGGCAAACAGUUCGGACCAAGAAGGUCUGAGGCGGGUGUGUCCGGGGAGAAGGGUCAGGUGUCCAGUGCUGCAGAUGAGUGUCGCAGCUGCAUCUCCAGUAGACCCCCCCAGACCCCCGAACACGAUGAACAGAUCCCGGGCGCUCUGCUUGGCAGGAAGGACUUCUGGAGGAAGAUGUUUAAGUCGCAGAGCGCCGCCAGCGACACCAGCAGCCAGUCGGAGCAGGACACCUCGGAGUGUACCACCGCACACUCCGGUACCACCACCGACCGACGCUCCCGAUCCAGAUCCCGACGCAUCUCGCUCCGCAAGAAACUCAAACUACCGAUUGGAAACUGGCUGAAGCGCUCCUCCCUGUCUGGGCUGACGGACGGCGUGGAGGACCUGCUGGACAUCAGCUCAGUGGACCGGCUCUCCUUCAUCCGUCAGAGUUCGAAGGUGAAGUUCACGAGCGCGGUGAAGCUGUCUGAAGGGGGUGCUGCGGGGCCGGAGUACGGCAGGGACGAGGAGGAGAAUUUCUUCAAGCGGCUCGGUAAAUGGAGGUCUGGCAGGAGGAAUCCAUCCAAGCUUCACCACACAGAAGAGAAAGAUGGACCUCAUGGUUUCCAGGAGCGCUUAGCGGCCAGUCAGGAGGCCAUGAAGAACAAGAACGUGGUCAACCUGGGCGCCAUCCGGCAGGGGAUGAAGCGCUUCCAGUUCCUCCUCAACUGCUGCGAGCCGGGAACCAUUCCUGACGCCUCCAUCCUUGCUGCCGCUCUAGACUUGGAGGCUCCUGUUGUGGCCCGCGCUUCUCUGUUCCUGGAGUGCGCCAGGUUCGUCCACCGCUGCAACCGUGGCAACUGGCCAGAGUGGAUGAAGGGCCACCAUGUCAACAUCACCAAGAAGGGCCUGUCCAGGGGCCGCUCGCCGAUAGUGGGCAACAAGCGGAACCAGAAGCUGCAGUGGAACGCUGCCAAGCAUUUCUGCCAGUGGGGAGAUGCCAUCGGCACCAGGCUCAGUGAGCUCUGUCACUCAGACAGCGAGAGCCCCGCCAACAUCCUGGGCUACGUCUACGACGAAGAGACCAAACGCAGGAUGAGGAAGGAAGAUGAGGAGGAGGACUACUUAGAGGACAACACAGUGAACCCUACGAAGUGCGGCUGCCCUUUUGCCCUGAAGAUGGCCGCCUGCCAGCUGCUGCUAGAGAUCACCACCUUCCUGCGGGAGACGUUCCCCUGCUUGCCUCGCCCUCGGACCGAGCCGCUGGUGGACCUGGACAGCUGCCGGCUGCGCCUGGACCCGGAGCUGGGCCGCCAUCGCUACGAGAGGAAGAUCAGCUUCGCCGGCAUCCUGGACGACGAGGACGGCCACGACUCCCUGAACAGCAGCAGCCACACACUGAAGUCUGACACCACGGGGGAGGAGAAGAAGCCCCAGGAGGCUCAGGCUCCUGUCAGGAAGAUCCGCAUCGGAGGCUCCCGGCUGCUGCAGAUCAAAGGCGCCCGCAGUUUCCGUGUGAAGAAGGGCGGCUCGCUGUCUUCCAUCCGCCGGGCGGGGAGCCUGAAGAGCACCAAGCUGUCCCGGCAGGACUCCGAGUCCGAGAACGAGGAGGGGCUGCUUUCCCAGACGCAGAGCAGGGACACCGUCACCGACAUCGGAAGUCCCUUCAGCACCAGUGAGCCCAGCAUUGAGCCUGAGGGCCAGGGCUCCGGAGGAGCUGAAGACAACUACCACCGCAACAUGUCCUGGCUCCACAUUAUGAUCCUGCUGUGCAACCAGCAGAGCUUCAUCUGCACACACAUCGACUUCUGCCACCCGCGCUGCUACCAGCACCACGGCCGCUCCUGUGCCCGCCUCGUCCGCGCCAUCAAGCUGGUCUACGGCGAGUCGGUGGACAGCCUGAGGGAGGACGGCGCCUCUGGUAACGUCGGAGGACGCGCAAAGAAGAACAAGGAGUGUUCAGAUAAAUCCUGCCUGAGAACUCCGUCCAUGAAGAGGAAACCGACCGACUCCAAUGCAGAAGGGAAGAAAGACACUGGCAUGCUCAAGUACAUCCGCAACCAGGUGAUGAGUUUGUCCCCGGCUCCUCUGUCGCUGCUGAUCAAGGCUGCCCCCAUCCUCACCGAUGACAUGUACGGAGACAUCCAGCCCGCCGCCUGGGAGCUGCUGCUCAGCGUGGACGAACACAUGGCAGCCGCCGCUGCCGCCAUGUUUCUCCUUUGUGCCGUCAAAGUCCCCGACGCCGUGACCGAGAUGAUGAUGGCGGAGUUCCAGCACCAGGAGGCCUGUCAGCGCAUCAACUCCAUUUUGAAGUUCUACACUCUGUGGCGUUUUCGCUACCAGGUGUGGCCGCGCAUGGAGGAGGGAGCCCAGCAGAUCUUCAAAAUCCCUCCGCCCAGCAUCAACUUCACCCUGCCGUCCCCCAUCCUGGGCAUGCCCUGCGUCCCCAUCUUCGACCCGCCCUGGGUGCCACAGACCACCGGCAGCGUCCAGGACCCCAUAAACGAAGACCAGUCUUUCCCCACAUUAAUUCAGUCAGUCCAUACCAUAAAAUCGUUCUCUGCUCGGGCCGUGUCGCGCUCCCACCAGCGGGCCGAGCACAUCCUGAAGAACCUGCAGCAGGAGGAGGAGAAGCGGCGGCUGGGACGCGAGGCCAGCAUCAUCACGGCCAUCCCUGUGGCCCAGGAGGCCUGCUACGAGCCCACCUGCAGCCCCCCGCCAGAGCAAGAGGAGGAAGCAGAAGAAGUGGUGAACCUGGCGUCCCGCCGCCUCUCCGUCAGCCCGUCCUGCGCCUCCAGCAACUCCCACAGGAACUACUCAUUCCGCCGAGGCUCCGUCUGGUCCGUCCGCUCCAUGGCCAGCGCUGAAGAUGAAGAAAACACAACAGAUCACACUCCCACACACCACAUGCUUCAGCCUCCUCAAGCUGUCUUCCCAGCAUGCAUCUGUGCUGCAGUCUUACCAAUAGUCCACCUCAUGGAAGAUGGAGAAGUCAGAGAGGACGGCGUGGCUGUGAGUGCUGUUGCACAGCAGAUCCUCUGGAACUGCCUUAUUGAAGAUCCCGCUCUGGUUCUCCGCCACUUCUUGGAAAAACUCACCGUGAGCAACAGACAGGAUGAGCUGAUCUACAUGCUGAGGAAGCUGCUGCUGAACAUCGGCGAUCUGCCCGCUCAGACCUCCCACAUCCUCUUUAACUACCUGGUGGGGCUGAUCAUGUACUUUGUGCGGACGCCGUGCGAGUGGGGCAUGGACGCCAUCUCUGCCACGCUGACCUUCCUGUGGGAGGUGGUGGGCUACGUGGAGGGGCUCUUCUUCAAAGACCUGAAGCAGACCAUGAAGAAGGAGCAAUGUGAGGUCAAACUGCUGGUCACUGCCUCCAUGCCAGGAACCAAAACGCUGGUGGUGCACGGCCAGAACGAGUGCGACAUCCCCACCCAGCUGCCGGUCCAUGAAGACACCCAGUUUGACGCUCUGCUGAAGGAGUGUCUUGAGUUCUUCAACAUUCCUGAGGCCAGAUCGGCUCACUAUUUCCUCAUGGACAAGAGAUGGAACCUCAUUCACUACAACAAGACCUACGUCAGGGACAUCUACCCGUUCCGGCGCUCCGUCUCCCCUCAGCUCAACCUGGUCCACAUGCUGCCUGAGAAAGGACAGGAGCUGAUCCAGAAACAGGUGUUCACCCGGAAGCUGGAGGAGGUCGGCCGGGUGCUGUUCCUGAUCUCGCUAACGCAGCGCAUGCCGGCGGUGCACAAGCAGUCCCACGUGUCGCUGCUGCAGGAGGACCUGCUGCGCCUGCCCUCCUUCCCCCGCACCGCCAUCGACGCAGAGUUCUCCCUCUUCAACGAGCCUCAGGGUAAGGAGCUGUUCGGCCUGGACACCCUCCACAAGGUGCUGUGGAUCAAGCUGCUGGAGGAGAUGUUCCUGGGCAUGCCCAGUGAGUACCCCUGGGGGGACGAGAUGAUGCUGUUCCUCAACGUGUUCAACGGGGCGCUGCUGCUGCACCCCGAGGACAGCUCGCUGCUGCGCCAGUACACCGCCACCGCCAUCAACACGGCCGUCCACUUCAACCACCUGUUCUCUCUGAGCGGCUACCAGUGGAUCCUGCCCACCAUGCUGCAGGUCUAUGCGGACUAUGAGAGCAACCCGUUGCUGCGGCAGGGCAUUGAGUUCUGCUGCAGGCAGUUCUACAUCCUCCACAGAAAGCCCUUCAUCCUCCAGCUGUUUGCCAGCGUCGCACCCCUGCUGGAGUUCACCACCAGCACCAGCACCGGCCUGUCUAAAGGCGUGUCGGCCCAGUGUCUGUUUGACCUGCUGGUGUCUCUGGAGGGGGAGACGCAGGACGCUCUGGACGCUCUGGAGCUGGUCCAGUCAGAGAAACCGCUGCGCUCUCUGGACUUCUGCUACGGUAAUGAAGAUCUGGCCUUCUCCAUCAGUGAGGCCAUCAAGCUGUGUGUGACGGUGGUCGCCUACGCGCCCGAGUCCUUCAGGAGCCUUCAGAUGCUGAUGGUUCUGGAAGCGCUGGUUCCCUGCUUCCUUCAGAAGCUCAAGAGCAACACGGCAACAAUGGAGUCUGCGUCCGCGGCCAGGGACGAGAUCGCUGCCAUUGCUGCCAUGGCAACAUCCCUGCAGGCCCUGCUGUACAGCUCCGAGGCCCUCACCAGACCAAUGACCGCCCCGCAAAUAUCUCGCUGUGACCAGGGACACAAGGGGGGCACCACCGCCAACCACGCCAUGUCCGGAGGCGUCAACACCAGGGACAACCUGCACCUGCUGGAGGAGGGCCAAGGCAUGCCGAGGGAGGAGCUGGACGAGCGCCUUGCUAGGGAGGAGUUUCGCCGCCCGCGAGAGUCCCUCCUAAACAUUUGCACCGAGUUUUACAAACACUGCGGACCCCGCCUCAAGAUCCUGCAGAACAUUGCCGGGGAGCCGCGCGUCACUGCCCUGGAGCUGCUGGACAUCAAGUCCCACAUGAGGUUAGCGGAGAUCGCCCACGCCCUGCUCAAGCUAGCGCCCUACGACACCCUGACCAUGGAGAGCCGAGGCCUCCGGCGCUACAUCAUGGAGAUGCUGCCCAUCACCGACUGGUCGUCUGAAGCUGUGCGCCCCGCCCUCAUCCUCAUCCUCAAGAGGCUGGACCGCAUGUUCAACAAGAUCCACAAGAUGCCCACGCUCAGGUGCGCUCGCCCACAGGCACUGUGCACCAGGAGACAAGUGGAAUGGGAGGCGGCCAGUAAUCUGAUUGAGGGGAUCUGUCUGACCCUCCAGCGCCAGCCAAUCAUCUCCUUCCUCCCACACCUUCGGUCGCUGAUUAACGUCUGCGUCAACCUGGUGAUGGGUGUGGUCGGCCCCUCCAGCGUGGCGGACGGCCUGCCGCUCCUCCACCUCAGCCCGUACCUCUCUCCUCCGCUUCCCUUCAGCACGGCCGUUGUCCGCCUGGUGGCUCUGCAGAUUCAGGCCUUGAAGGACGACUUCCCUCUCAGUCAUGUGAUCUCACCGUUCACCAAUCAGGAGAGGCGAGAGGGGAUGCUUCUCAACCUGCUCAUUCCUUUCGUUCUGACGGUGGGCUCUGGAAGCAAAGACAGCCCCCACCUUGAGCAGCCGGAGAUAUUCCUGCUCCUCCAGACGGUCAUCAACAUCCUGCUGCCCCCUCGGAUCAUCUCCACCUCCCGCACCAAGAACUUCAUGCUGGACGCAUCUCCGGCUCACUGCUCCACGCCCGGAGACACUGGGAAGGACCUGCGCAGGGAGGGCCUGGCAGAGUCCACCAGCCAGGCCGCAUACCUCGCUCUCAAGGUGGUGUUGGUUUGCUUCGAGCGCUCGUUGGGAAACCAAUGGUACCGCCUGAGUCUGCAGGUUAAAGAGAUGGCUCUGAGGAAGGUGGGAGGCUUGGCUUUCUGGGACUUCAUCGACUUCAUUGUGCGAAGUCGUAUCCCUAUUUUCGUCCUCCUGAGACCCUUCAUACAAUGCAAGUUGCUGACCCAGCCGGCCGACUCCCAGGAGGAGAUCACGGCACGGCACCACAUCGCCGACCAGCUGGAGCGCCGUUUCAUCCCCAGGCCUCUCUGCAAGAGCUCGCUGUUUGCAGAGUUCAACAACGAACUCAAGAUCCUCAAAGAGGCAGUCCACAGCGGCUCUGCAUACCAAGGGAAGACGUCAAUCAGCACAGUUGGCACCUCCACGUCGGCCUACCGGCUCAGUCUGGCCACAAUGUCGCGCUCCAACACAGGAACCGGCACCGUGUGGGAGCAGGACAGCCAGCCGUCACGGCAACCAUCGCAGGACACGCUGAGCCGCACCGACGAGGACGACGAAGAGAAUGACUCCAUGAGUAUUCCCAGCGUUGUGAGCGAACACGAGGCCUUCCUCCCCAGAGUGAUGUCACAGCGGCGUUUCUCCAGCCACGCCACCGGCUCAGCGGCCGCGCAGCCCGAGAACCCCCGCACCACCAUGCUGCCCAGCCAAAGUGAACCCAAUGUGCUAGAUGAGUGCCAGGGCCUUCUACAGGAGGGUAACCUCUCUAGGGUUGCCAGCGUGCAAAGUGAGCCUGGCCAGCAGAACCUCCUGAUCCAGCCGCCGUUAGGAAGAAAGCGCGGACUCAGGCAGCUGCGGCGCCCCCUGCUGUCCAUUCCGAAGACUGAACCGCGAGGCCGUUCUGGAGCCAGACUCUCCACCACUCGCAGGAGCAUCCAGCCCAAGAACAAACCUCUGGAAACUUUAUUGGACUGUGAAGCGCACGGAGACCAGAAGAGGUCUGUGACCUUCACUGAGACUCAAGGUCAGCAGGGGGCCCAACAGGGGGCUCCGGGCGCCACAGACCCCUCAGGUGAGGGCAGGAAGGCCAGCCCGGCUCCGUCCAAGUCCCCCACCCUGGAGGUGCCGUCUGCCACCGUCACAGCCGACCUGCACGGGCCGGUCAGCAUCCAGGUUCCUGCCGCCCUGAGCAGCAAGGAGAGGAGGGAGCAGUGGGGUCUCCGCAGCAGCCUCUCCCCCCCACCCUCUAUCUCCCGCCCGUCCACCCCCACUCCCCCAUCCCGCACCUGCUCACCCCUCCCCCUCCCUCUGUCCCGCACCUCCUCUCCUCUCCCUCCCCCUUUGCCGGUGCUGAGCACGGCCCCCGCCCCGGGUCCCCCUCCGCCGCCACCACUGCCCCCUGUAUCCAGCAUCAGGGACAGCCCCGGGGAUGAGGACACGGCGGCGCUGCUGCCCCGCGGCGACGCCCUGCUGCGGCUGAGCGAGGACGACGGCACAGAGAACCCGCUGCUGGCCCCUCUGCUGGCCCCACUGCUAGGCCCCGCCUCCCCCCGCCGCUCGCCCCGCCGCUCGCCCCGCCGUUCCCCACUCCCUUUCUCUCCUGUCGACCUGGACCUGGAUGAGUCCCACGUCUGACAGCAGAAGAAGAGUUUCAUCCUAGUUCAGCUUCCUCCAUCAUCAGCUCCACCAGAGUUUUAUUAUUACGACUAUUUCCUUCAUAAAUUCAGAGAUUUAUUUUUAAACUAUAUUUUCAGCCACAUAUUUAUCAGUCUUAAAUAUUAAAGCUUCUAACAGAUAUUUAUAGUUAAAGAAGGAACCCUGUCAUAUUCACUGCACCCUCUACACUUACUGGCACCAUGGUCUGAAUGCGUCCCUCUAACGCUGGUUGUCGCAUAUUUUACACAUACCAGAAGGUGAAUAGUUAACACUCUGCUGCCACAUAGAGGUCAAAGUUAUACCAGCUACACCUGAUUUUAGAGAUGUUCAUAAUGAAAUUUCAAUGAUUAACUUUUGAUAUCAGUCAGCUUGGCAGCAUAAACAACAAUAAUAGAGGCCCGCAGCAUCACAGCUCCUCUACCUUGCUUCACAUUGUCCCAGUUCAGGUUAGUAAACUCCACAUGUUUACUUUUGUGAUGGUAUGGCCAGAAAGGGCUCCCCCCCCCCCCCCCCCCCCCCCCCUCUGGCACCACAGGUCGUCAAUAUGGAGACAGCAGCUAACAGUUGUCAUGGAAACAGGGGUUGUGUAGUCUUAGCACAACUUGUAAAUGUUUAAUAAGUGGAUAUUUGGAUAGAAGAGAGAAAAGUUGUUAUUCCCUAUGAGUUCCACUUUGAAGAGCAACUGGCCUCGGUGUCUCAUCAACUUUAUUUCCCAGGGAAACAGGAAGUCACAGUUUACUAAUUAAAAGUUCCCAGACUCUUUAGUGUUAUUUGUUUCAUAGGGACUUUAAAGGCUGGAGCGCAGGGAAGAUCCUUUCACAAUGAAAACACGUGGCGCUAGCUGAGUUGUACUUUAACUAGGACUAUUUCCAUGCACCUUUGCUCAUACUGACUACAAUGAAGCUUCGCCAAAACAAAAAGCCAAGAAAAAAAAAUCAUAUGCAGAAAACCAGCCCACUGUUAGGUAAAGUGUCUUUGUACCAAUCUUCACCGGAUCGACCUGUAACUGUAGAGGGCGCUGUCUCUAAAAGCCAUUUUAAAGCUAAUAAAAAAUACUUAGUCUUUUUAUUAUGUGGCAUAAGAACAUAUAUUGAGUAUUUAUUUAAUAGAGAGUGAAAAUGUAUUUAUAUUUAUUUGUCAGUGACUUUAGUCAUAAAAAUGUCUAUUUUAAGCCAUCAGGAGCCAACAGAUGAUGGAAAACAAAAAGCUUUAACAGUUGGCCCGUUGUUCAGAGAAAAGCAAUAUUUAAUCAGCUCUGUGCCCCUUUAAAUGAGAUUUAUUGUGUUUUGAUUGUGUUCUAAUAGUAAAACAAUAGAAAUAACACAAACACGCCUGUAGAUUAUCUGUAGUUCGCUUGUUUGUUGCGCUGCUACGUGUCGUGUUUCUCAUCGUCCUGUUUGCGUCGUCGUCGUUCAGCAGAAAAACUCCAGCUGUGAUGAAGCUCGUUGCUGAUGUCAUGCCUUAAGGGAAUCAUUUCACCUGUUCGGUUCCAGUUGUGCUUACCUGCCAUGGUUAGAGGUGUUUUGUGCCAUAAUUCACACCAACGCACUGUGACUGUAGCUAAAUAGCUUCCUGUUUUCUGCUAAUGUAGCUCUUUUCCUGGAAACCUGUAACAAUGGCUGCAUGAGACACAAUGCGGUUUCUUUUUACCUGCUAAAUAAACAGGAUUAACAUGACCUCUUGGUUCAUUUAUAUUGUCAAAUUUUGCUGUUAUGACUAUUUGAUGCCAGUAGGGGGCAGUGUAUUCCAAAAACACCAGAUAAAAAGUGUUGUUUCCCUUUAAAUGUCUUAUAUUCUGUCUUGUUUGACUAUUUCUCAGCUAUCUAAAUAAACAAAUAUUGUUUACAGCC